GCUCUCUCUCUCUCUCUCUCUCUCUCGGUUCCCUUCCGGCCGCUGCCUUCUUCUCCCUCCCUCCCUCUCCAAAUUAAACCACCGCACCGCACCGCACCGCGCAGCACAGCACAGAGGCCGCCCAAAGUAGGGUCAUGGCAGAGAGUAAGAAAGAGACGCCGGCGCCGGCCAAGGAGGAUCCCGCUGGUGGAGAAGAAGGUGAUGAUGGUAACCACAAGGGGAUGGGGAAGAAGAAGAAGAAACACAAGGACGGCGGCCAAGGGCCGUCUGCCGUGGUGCUCAGGGUGGACCUGCACUGCGACGGCUGCGCCCUCAAGGUCAAGAAAGCUAUCAAAGCCGCACAAGGUGUGGAGAGCGUUACGACGGACGUGGCGGCGAGCACGGUGACGGUGGGUGGCAAGCCCGACCCCUGGGACCUCAAGGACCGCAUCGAGUCCAGGGCGCACAAGGCCGUGGCCUUCGUCUCCCCCGCCAAUCCCCCCAAGAAGAAGAACAAGGAUGAUGGUGGUGGCAGCGGCAACAAACCAGCCGCCACCGACAAUGGCAACAAGGCCAACGACGACAAGAAGAACAAGGAGCCCCCGGAAUCGACGGUGGUGCUCAAGAUCCGGCUGCACUGCAACGGCUGCACUGACCGGAUCAAACGCACCGCCCAAAAGAUCAAAGGGGUGGAGCUGGUGACGGUGGACACGGGCAAGGAGCAGGUGACCGUGAAGGGUACCAUGGACGCCAAGGCCCUCCCGGACGUGCUCAGAGACAAGCUCAAGCGGGAGGUCGCGGUGGUCCCGACCAAGAAGGAGAACAACGGCGGCGGCGACAGGAAGGACAAGAAAGCCGCCGGCGCCGACGCCGCCGCUGGAGACGAGAAAGGCGGCGGCGGCGGGGAUAAGCACGAGGAUGCCAGCAGCACUAGCGGCGGCAAGAAGAAGAAGAAGAAGAAGCAGCAGCAGCAGCAGCAGCAAGUAGACCAGCUGGCUGACGACGAGAAGCAGAUGGCCAGCACGCCGAUGCCUGCGGCGAUGGAGCCGCAGUACGACCCGAUGAUGUUCCCGACGUACGGAGGAGGAGGGUACCGCGUGGAGAUGCUGCACGCGCCGCAGCUGUUCAGCGACGAGAACCCCAACGCCUGCUCCGUCAUGUAAAAGACAUCCAUGCAUAUUCGUACGCACAGUACACUUCACUUGAGUUCAGUUGAUGCAUGCAGCCAUG